UUUCUCGCGCGCUCUGUUUCUUCAAGAACCAAAAGAUCAAUCAAUUCGGCAAAGAUUUGAAUCGUCCUGUAAAAUCUGAAUGUAAGUCCAGGAUCGUAGCAAUUUUCUUCGGAGUUCCUCCGCCUCAGGUAAGUUCUAUCUCAGUCCAUGGGCGGCUUCGAAGUUUCCAUGCUAUUAAACGUGAUGUCAAUAAGGAAAAGUUCAGUUCUUUGCUAUGCUGCUCGUGGCGUUAGUCGAUACAUAAAUUCAGUUCGUUAUAGGUCACUACCAUCACUUAUACUAUACACAGGUCUUCUGACAAUGGCUACAGUCCUUUCCCUAGGAUAUCUCUACCACGUAGCAGUUUGGCAGGCAAGUAACAUAGAGGACGUGAAUACAUUUGAAGGUCAUGGCUUUUGUACUCCGGAAGUUGAAAUAACAAUGCCCUUACUAAGGGAAGUAUAUGAUGAUAUCAUGAACAAAGUGUUAUAUGUUGGCCCUGAUACUUGUUCACUAGUGUCUGGAUUUCUCGAUGAAGAGGAUUAUGAAGCUUGGGGUGUGGAUCCAUUUGGCUUUGAUGCUAACGACUCGGACUGCAGGGAUCUCGUCCAACAAGGCAUUGUGCGUGUUGCUGAUAUUAAGUUUCCGCUGCCCUAUAGAGACAGUUCUUUUUCUCAUGUUGUAGUUUCAGAUACUUUGGAAUAUUUGUCUUCACGAUACCUUAACAGCACACUUGCUGAGUUGACGAGGGUAUCUAGUGAAGGUGUUAUCAUAUAUGCUGGCUAUCCAGGUUUUCCAGUUUCAGAAUUUACCCGAUACAGCCGCCAGGCCAAAUUCCGAAGUCCUUCUUGGUGGAGAAGGUAUUUGGUUCAAAGGAAGUUGGAGGAGAAUGUUGCUGCAAAAAAGAGGUUGAAAAAGAUUUUAAAGGAUAUCUCAUAUAAACCAGCCUGCCAAAUCCUUCUUCUCAAGUCAAGUCAGGAUCAAACCGUUGAAAAAAUUUGAACUUUUUUUGGUUAAUUUAUCAGAGUCACUCGUUCAUUUUAGUUUAGUAAAUUGAUAAAAAGUUCAUUUUAGGUUUAGUCUUCUAGAAAAUUCAGCCCUUCUGUUUGAUAAAUUUAUCAGUUGAAAAUGCUGGCGUGAGUUUGCUUCAUGGUUUUUGGGUCCUCUGUUCUGUUAAAUUUUUUCCCCUUGUAAAUAUGAAUGCUUACAAAAUGGGAUCCGUAUUUCAA